AUGGAAGGCGUCGAGCCCGGCCUGACUCAAGAUGCGGACACUACCGCCACUGGUCCUCAGCCCGAUCACCUCGAAACUUGCGUCGCUGAAGCGAACGACGAGACCGGCCACGACAGCGCUGCACCUGGCGAAGUCAUGCCAGACGAGGUCAAGCCCAACGACGAGUCCAAAGCGGCCGUUGUACACGAUAACCACGACAUGAAAGACGUCGCCUGCUUCUAUGUGGAUGCCCAACGCGGAUCAGACACGGAUGACAGCUUCGCCUCCUGCAACGAUACCCACGUCUUUGGAGAUGACGCCACCGAAUUUCACUCGAAUGACGACCCAUGGGCGCAGUGGGACAACGAUCCUCUGCGCGCCUCUCCUGACGACAGAAUCGACAGGCUGUGCGACGAGGAUCUUUGGGAGUCUUUUGUAGAUUUUGCCAGCUCCAGCCGCCAACCUCGCCCCCAGAGCGACAUGCCGCAGCGGCCCAAGAAGCCUCAUACCAAGCCGGACAUCUCGCACCGGCGAUCCAGCCCGCCUUGGGGGGACAUGCUUUUCAUGGACGAGACAGAGCAGAAGAAGCACGAGACCCACGGCGUCGAGUCCUGGUUUCCGGACCAGCCAACGGAGCACAUUGCCUGCGGCAACUGCGGGCACCUUGGCCACCUCCUCGCGGACUGCGCUUUUCCCGGCCGUUACGGCUUCCUCGGCGGCUGUCCCGUCUGCAAUACCAAACGACACAAUGCCGACGACUGCCUCCGCGUGCGCAAUCUCAGCCCGGAGGACCUCGCCUGGUUCGUCAUCAUCCGCCGGGGCAACAAGCCACCCCUGCGACGUCGUGACCCGUGGGUUGUCGUAUUGCGAGAGGCGUUGCUCGCUGGCAUCCCGGUCGAGGGGCCGCUUCCAUGGACCAUUGAGUUUACGCAGGAUAUGAUGAAUGGCAGCGAGGACGGCCAAGUCUGGCUCAGGCAUCGCUAUUUUGUCGGCGAUCACAAGAUCCUGCCAGCGGACAGCAUGACCGGCUCGGACGUCCACGGCGCCGCCGCAAACGAUGCCCUCCUGAUGCAGCGUCACCGGCCGAACAGAGACUUGUUGAAAUAG